CAUUUGGUAAUUUGAAGACUUAAAAAUUUGGACUUUCGGAAAUUUGUGGAUUUGCAUAUUUAAAGUCCAAAAAUCCAAAGGAAAUAAUAUAAGGGUACUCUCCAAGCCCUUGCCCUAAUCCAAAGAAAUUCUACAUUACACCGGAGUGUAGUCGUCUCCGAACGGGAGGGACGAACGAAAACUCUCAGUAAAUAGAGUCGUAUUACCUAGAGGUCGCGCUCGGUUUCUCGAUACAAUAGUAAUUACGAGAUGCGUGGACGAUAUCAAAUACAUUGCAAAAACAUUGCAACUCCUUGGUCCCUCUGGUCGGGAAGGCCAGCAGUGGGGACUCCGUCGAAAAAUCGAUUUUCCGUAGGGCAUAAGGGCGCGAGGGGAGGAGGGUGAGGGCAAGGGAGAAGUACGGAGACGAAAUUCGGGAAAAUCCGCAGAGAGAGAACUGGCGCGAAAGAGAAAGAGAAAGAGAGGGAGAUGGUUCAGAGGGAAAGAGAAAGAGAUCGGUUUCUAGCCCGUUCCGAUGUCGCUCGUGUGGGUGAGUGGCUGACUCGUGUGGUAGGGGGUUAGACCGUCGACGGGAGGGGUGAGGGGAGAAAUAAUUAAUGUGCGACCGUACCUCUCCCCUCGCGGUACAGGCCACCCUUCCCCCCUUCCACAGUCUUGUACCGCUACGCUUAGCUGCCAUUGUGCCGAGACGCCACUUCCGAAGCAUCAAAUUCAAUUCUUCGAUUUCGUACCGCCACUUCCUCGCGAAUAAUUCGUAACAGAGGGAACCGAGGGGCACACACGGCGUAACGUGCCGCCGCCGCCGUCGGCCCAAUAAAGCCCGCCAAUAAUCCUCCUCGUGCACGAUCUUGAACAACGUAUUAUUUUCUUCUUUGCACAUCUUUGAAUUCCGCGGAGGUUAGGUUAGGACAUUGCUUCCGUGGAUAUCGGCCGAUCGGCCGCCUCGCGAUCUUUCAUCGCGCGUUUUAGUCCGCGAGCUGAUCGCGUUACCGGUGCUGCCUACUGUGUUGUGAUUCCGUCCUUACUUCCCCGUUGCUGCUGUUAUUGUUGUUGUUGCUGCUCGAUAUACGAGGGAAACACGAUGCCCCGGUGCAUAUGAACGGGAAUGCUCGAACGGAGAUUUUGAGUUUCUGUAUCUGAAAGAAUGGAAGCCAUGGAUCUGGACGGGGAUGCUGUGGUGGAUUUAAGUGUCAGCAGCAGUGGCAGGAGAAAUUCUCCAUCGAUCGCCGUUAACUCUGGUGAUGUAGGAGUUCCAUUGGAUUUAGGCAUACAUUUGUCGGCAAGCUCUAACGUGGAUAAUACCAUGCCUGAAGCACGUAAUAUUCAAAAUGCAGCAAGGGGCAUUUUGGCUCCAAAAUCUGGAGACGAUAGGAAAACACGGCGUAAUCUUAGACCUAGGAUUGAAAUAAGUUAUGCAGAGACUCCUGAUGAACGUAGAAUAAAUGGUUACGUGAAUGGAAAUGCAGACAGCGAUGAAGGUGACAUGCCUCCGCUGCCUCCGAUAAAAGAGUUAACGUCGGAUGAAUUAGCUGAACGUGAAAGAACGCUUAGAAAAUUAAGGGAGGAACUUAGAUCUGAGGAAAUGAAAUUGGUAUUGCUAAAGAAGUUAAGGCAAUCUCAGCAGUUGAAGGAAAAUAUUGCUGCAGUGCCCAAAGUACCCAGCAAAUUACCUCCACCAGUUACAGUACAACAAGCUCCUCAUAGCGUACGUGAUUUUAGUCUUAGGACAGCAAAAGCUCCUCCACCUCUUCUCAGAGGACAACCUGCACCAAGCAGAAGCAGUAGUUUACAUGCUCCUCCACCUGGAAUGUUAUUACCACCUACAGUUGGUCGAAGUCCUACUUCAAGUACUGGAAUGCCACCUAACAUGGUGAUACCACAGCCACCUCAUCCUAGGGGCAGACCACCAAGUGCAACACCAAAUGUAUCAAAUUAUCACGCACCAGCAGACAGAACUGAAAGGUCUACUAAAGACCCGACCCCCUCCCCGGCACAUCAAGUAAGUAAGCUGCUUGUCGGAUCUCAAGAAAAUAAAACCACCGCAUCCUUAAGCACACCUGUGAUUUCAGAACAGGAAAGACCAAGGGAUGAUAAUCAAACACCUGCGCAACGUCAAGCAGCUGCUAAAUUGGCUUUGAGAAAGCAACUCGAAAAAACGUUAUUACAAAUACCACCUCCGAAACCACCGCCGCCUGAGAUGCACUUUGUACCAAAUCCUUCCAACACGGAGUUCAUAUAUUUGGUCGGUUUAGAACAUGUAGUUGAUUUUAUCACUAAGGAGCCUGCUAUUCCACCACCUCCAGAACCGUUCGAGUGUACUCAAUGCAAAACGGACUUUACGCCUGUGUGGAAAUGGGAGAAGCCGGUGACCGGUGGCAAGAAAGAAAGUCCAAGAGGACAACACGCAACUUUCCAGAGACCUCCGGCAGGUCGCGAUCCUAGAGUCAUAUGUGAACACUGUGUGACGACAAACGUUAAGAAGGCUCUUAAAGCAGAACAUACUAAUCGGUUAAAGACAGCGUUCGUGAAAGCAUUGCAACAGGAACAAGAAAUCGAACAAAGGUUGGCACAAGCAGCUUGUCCAAGUCCAGAUCCACCAGCGCCAAAACCAGUUCCUAAAGCAGCUACUCCCACAAGAAGAGUAGCAACACCACCAGCCCCUCCGCCGCAAGUACCACCGGCUCCAACGCUAGCCCCGACUCCACCAGCCCCUAAAUUGCAAGAGCAUCCUUUGGUUAAGUUAGCAGAAAGUGGAAAGUUCAGUCCACACCAUGCUGCUGCUGCAGCUGCAUUGCAGCAACAGUUACUCAGAGAACUGGCAAAAAAUCCUGUACCAGGUCUACCACCUCAUCAACCUCUUCCCGCUCACAUGAUGCCACCAUUUACCUCAAUACUGUACCCUUAUCAGCUGGCAAUGGCACAGGCUGGCGGAAAGGGACUCGCAGAAUUACAACGACAAGCAGCAGAUUUGCAACGCCAAUAUUUGCUUGACAUGAUUCCGUCGCAAGCAUCUCAAGCACAAGGCAACCAAGCUCCACCGCGAGCCCAUCCGCAUAAUUGGAAAACGUAACCAGACGCAUUUAGAGAUCGUACAGUGAAUGCAAAUAAAUGAAGUUGCAGAGCUGUGUUAGAGAAUACUUGAGAAGCAAGAUACUCGCAUUCUUUUUCCACGAUGUCGUACUAAAGGGGAUCUUGUAUGGAAUGUGACAGUCACAUCUUCAGGGCAGUUAUAGGAUAAUAUACCAAGUCGUACGAUUGGUAUCUUUUAUUAUAAAGUGAAGCUCAAAUCUGAAAACAAUGGAACAGACUGUAUUUCCUGUAUCAUUGUGAAAGAAGAUUAACUCGGAUCAUCAUUUGUGAAUAUGCAUUGAACGUGUGAGUGUGAAUUUAUUGUUACCCGAAGGUUCGAAGUUUUACCGUCUCAUUGAACCUAAGCUUUCAGUUACAAUACAUGUUUACCGGAAUUUUUGUGGUUUGAAAGAAAGAAACGCAAGAACGAAAGAAUAUUUACAAUUAACAAAGGCCAGAAAAAAUACGUCGAUGUAAUUGGUUUUUAACUGUUGUAUCUGUUUUCUUGUAUUUGUAUCGAACAAUACCGCAAAAGGGAAAUAGAUGAAUAAUGUCAAUCAAUUGGAGUAAAGUGCAUAAUACUUUUGGAUGCACUCGAACGAAUACGAUUGCUUCAAUUUAUUACAUUACAAUAUACAUACGUAUAAAGAACCAAGUGGACAUUUGUAAGGCACUAAGGACAGUAAUGAGUGUUACGUGAUUAUAAAUUGGUUGAUUAACGAUAGUAGUGAUAAUCAAGGAGAGAAAACGAAAAAGAGUUGAAAACGGUGGGAUCUUUUUAGGCCCUUUUAUAUAGUUAAGCCGACCUUUGUCGCUGGUUUGAAUAAUUUUUGCAACCAUCGGCGGUACCUGUACUCUGUGUAUAUCUCUUUAUUUUCUUCAAACUGUGAGUAUUUUUAAGACGAUUAUAACAAUGAAAGAGUUGUAGGCUACGAUAAAAAAACGAUGAUCUUUAUAAGAAAGUGUGUGUCAGUGAUAGUCAGGCAAAUGAAUGUGGGAGUGAUCGUAAUGUUUUUUGUCGGUACAAGAUAGGGUACGUAUUCAGCGUGUUUUUUAAAAUAGAGUGACACGAGUGUCAUUCGCGCACAAAUCGUAGAAAUUUCGUAAUAAGUCGUUGGAUCGUAAUGGAGGCGCAGGAUGUAUUUGAAACGAAAAGAAAACCAGAAACAAAGAAUUUCCGACGAUGAAGAUUUAAAUUAAAAAGAGGAAAAGUACAUAUAUUAAGAAAAAAUAUAUAUAUAAUAUAUAUAAAAAUAUAUGUUAUAUAUACGAAAUACAAAAUGAAAGGAAAACAAUGAAAGAAAGAAGGAAAACCUGUCGAUUAGGAAAUAAAAUUUAAGGCGCGAUUGAUUUACAUGUGUCACAUCGAUGUAAAAGUAUUUAAAGAAUUUAACAGGUCGUAUGUAUCCGAAGUUUCUUCUGGAUGGAAAAAAAAAGCAAAAAACGAUCAAGUUGGCAACACGCCGAAUUUUUACGAAAUCCUCUCUCAAAGAAAAGGAAAGCAAAAGGAAAAAAAAAUAUCUGCACUCACAAGAGUUAAAAUAUCUCCGGCACACGUCCUAGCAAUACUUAUUACAAAAACCCCACUAAAUAAUCUGAUUUCAUUGAUUCCGGCUAAACCGAUCUUGGUCACAUUUCCGAAUCACUAAAUAUAUAGUUACUGUAGUCUUGAUAUUUCUCGGUAUAUGAUACAAGUUAAUAAACUAAAAUAGCAUAAUCAUCUCUCUCUCUCUCUCUAUCUCUAUCUCUCUCUCUUUCUCUUUGUACUACGUGGAUAGAUUUUGAGCUCAUACUUGAAUAAUACAUGUAACACCGUAGUAAGUCUACGAUCGCAUAAUAGAUCAAGAUCUGUGUUUUUUGUGUAAGAGAAUCGAAAUAAUAUCAUUGUCAAACGUGAUUGUUGCCAGGUCGCGCUACCUACCACUGUCAUCCAUCUUAAUCGUCAACACGAUUUUGCUCGUAUUUAUUCGUUGACUCGCUAAAAUAAGGGAGAGCAUGGUCUUUUAACGCGUGCACUGUAUAUUUAUGGGAUUAAUCUUUUCAAUUUUUAGUUACUAUUAAAUUAUUCAGCGUUAGUGUUCGUCCAUCACAUGUCAGCGGUAGGUAUGGCGUUAACUUUCAUAGAUUUUCGUAUUUAUUUUGUUCAGCCACGUAACUGCGUUUAUUUACCAGCCUCCCUUGUUUCGCGCGAAUUAUCGUUCUUUCGAACAAGGAAAAGAUGAAAGCGAAUAUGUACGGUAGCGUGCAACUCGGGGUUCCUUUUAUUAAAGGACAAUGUAAGGGAAACUUUCACUAGGUCCUCUUAGGGUUCUACGAUGCUUCUAGGAUGCUGCGUUCUAAAGUUCUAGAGAUUCCUUCAGAUUUUCCUACCAUUCAGUGUUCCUUUCAAAUGCUCCCUUUUACUUCCAAGUUCGCAAAUGACAGAAAAGUCCCUUACAUUUUCUUUUAAUCAAGAGAAGUCUACGUUGCACCUUGAUGUACACAUCACUCAUACUCGACUGCCUCGAAUUCGCGUAAGACUCCAUCCGUUUGUCCGUAUCUUGUAUUAUAACCGAUUUUGUUCUUCAACGCGGAUAAUCGCGUCGUGCAUUUCUUCACGAGUAGAAAAACGAACGAAAAGAACCAUACACACGUUUCUUCCUAUCUUCCUUUCUAGUCUUGUCUUUCAUCUCUGCGUGGUGCUGUUCACGAACUGAAGCGCUCUCAAGUGCGAAAGUAUAAUUUUAUAUACACCCAUUCCUCGAAAGAAAAAGAGAAUACAAAAUGGUCCAUUAACUGCAAAGAAAAAACUCGUUGCUAAUUCGACGACGCAGGACGGUCAUGCGAAAAAAAGAAAACGAAAAAAAGAGGGACUGAAGUUUCGACAGCGAAGCAAUACAAAUCUUGGAAAAUCAUGGAAUAAUAUUUUUAAGGUAUUAGGAAAGUUGAUAUUUCGUGGGGACGCAGAACACGAAUUAAAACGUUGAACGCCUAGAAAGAAAAUCGAUAACAAAAGAUGUGCAAAAUUGAAUUUUCGUACAGCGUAUCUAUGUCUGGCUACCUGACGAGAAUCUCUGCCCCUACCCCCACCCCACAAUUCUCUAGGAUUAGUAAAAAGUACAGAAUUUACCGAAUACUCUGGAGACUACACGAAUAAAGCUUAAUCAAUGAUUGUA